GGCAUUCAACGCUAUUUAGACUUAUACCGGCUUGAUAAGUGCCUAUUGUUUGCCAAAAAAUCAAAAUUUCAAAAUUACAUUCGGGACAACAUAUCAUUAAAAGAUUAUAACACAAUAACCACAAAUAUAAAUUGCAAUUAUCUAGAUCAAGAAAUUUCAAUCAAGCAAAAAUAUCCUGGGAACAACAACAUAAUCUCAAUGCUAUUUGUUAUCUCCCAAAAUAUCAAACAUCAAAAACAAUUUAAAGUAACAAAACCUGGUUCGGAUGCAAUUUUUUACACAUUAGAUGAUGUGUUACAAGACCAGCACAUUCAGGGUGAUUUGGUUGUCUCGCUUAGUUUGAUAAGUUGGUAUCUGUGCUGAGCUGAUGCUCAAACAUUUUCAGCUUCAAGGAAAAAUAAUCAAAGUUGCAAAUUUGACUGAUACCUUCAAAGAAAAGCCAAAAAAAUAAGUUCAUAUAUAGAUGGAUAUGCUAAUGCAUAAAAGUAUAUUAUUAUUUAAUGAAUGUAAACU